AGCGGAGUACUUCGGGCGCCGCCGCCGCCGCCGCCGCCGUCGGCCGUGUCGCCGGGCGGCGGCUCGUCCGACCGCAAAGGCAAGGGCGUUGAGGGGCGGUCGGCGCAGCCGCCGCAGCGCGUCUAUGUCAACUGCAGCAUCGGCGACGAGCUGGACGCGGCGCUUCUCGCGGCCGAAGAGGCCGCCGCCGCGGCGCCCGUGCCGCUGCACCCACCGGUGCCGUCGCCAUCAUCAUCCACGCCCUUCCUCUCCCCGUUCGGCCAUGGCAGCCAGCAGCCACAAGACGGCGGCGGUGGGCUGCUCUCGCCGCUACCGCGCCCGGCCUCGUCUGCAGGUGGUGGCGGAGGGGGCGGCCGCACGCCUCGCGGUUUCGACCGGUUGUUGGCGGGCGGCAUGCCAGCGGUCGAAGUCAACCACCUGCGGCUGCAGUUCCGCGCGAUCCAGGCGCAGCGGUUCACCCCCGACACGAUGCCGUCGCCCGACGCGCUGACGCGCAUGGAGGACGAGUGGAUCGACAACGACGCUGGCGGCACCACCACGAACCCCGCCGCCACCUCCCUGCUCUACGCCAACGGCGUCAACAAUAGCAAUAACCCUGCCACAAAUAAUAAUGGAGGUGGAGGAGACGACGGCGAUACGGCCGCCGCCGCUCCAGCCACUACCACGGACGACGCGUACGGGCUCAGCGCCGUGUCCGACCAGCUGCUCAAGGGCAUGGUGGUGGGCUUCUUCUUCCCGCUCGGCGCCGCCAUGUGGCUGCAGCGCGAGGACGGCCUGUGGUCGAGGCGCUGGGCCGUCUUUGUGUGGCUGGGCGUGCUGCUCAGCGUCUCGGUCGGCAUCGUGCGCGCCCUGUCGGCGGGCGACGCGUAGCGUAGCCUAGGUAGCAAGCGUGGACUCUGUCCACGUGGCGGCCGCCUACGAGACUCGUGGCUAUGAAAGCCACGAGGACAGCGGCAAGACCCACAAGAUAUCUUGCUUGGCUUUGUUUUAAUAACAUGUGUAUAGUGGAUGAAUGCCGAGCACUGCCCCGCUGAUAUUGUAUUUACUUCAGGGAAGCUUGUAUAUAUAUAUAUAUAUAUAUAUUUAGAAAGAGAGAGAGAGAGAGAGAGAGAGAUUAGGCGCUUCUUGGGAAAGAGGGGAAGGAGGGAGAGCAAGCGAAGGUCC